CCUCUGGCCUCAAUCGUCUAACCCCUCGUUCUACUCACCCCAAAUCCAUAUUCAAUACCCACCCUAGCACCACAAAGGGUAUAUACAUAUCUGAAAGAGAUAGAGAGAAAAGGCUAUACCAAAAUGCCGCCCACAACCUCCCACCCCGACGCAGACCUCCAUCCUACAGCCAGCGGCCUCGCGCAAGCAACCGUCGAGGCGCACUCAGCCGCCGCCCCUCACGCCGGCGUCACCCUCUACAGCGGAUGGUUCUGCCCGUUCGUGCAGCGCGUCUGGAUCGCCCUCGAGGAGAAGCGCAUCCCGUACCAGUACGUCGAGGUGAACCCGUACGACAAGCCGCCGUCGCUGCUGUCCCUCAACCCGCGGGGCCUCGUGCCCACGCUCGAGUACGACGGGAAGCCGCUGUACGAGAGCAACGUGCUGUUGCAGUUCCUCGAGGAUGCGUUCCCGGACCACGGCCCGCGCCUGCUGCCGGAGGAUCCGUACGACAGGGCUAGGAGCCGCAUCUGGGCGGAUUUCGUCACGAGCAGGGUCAUCCCAUCGUUUCAUCGUUUCUUGCAGGACACGGAGGGUGGGGAGGCGCUGGAGGGGAAGAGGAGGGAGUUUUUGGGGUUUUUGAAGGAGUUUGCGGCGGAAUUGCAUCACGAGGGUCCGUUUUGGGGUGGGGAGGAGCUCGGGUUCGUGGAUGUUGUGUUGGGGCCUUGGGGGAUCCGGCUGUGGGUGUUUGAUCAUUUCAAGGGGGGCUUGGGCAUCCCUGGGGAGGGCGAGGGCGGAGAGGACGAGGAGGUCUGGGGCAGAUUUAGGAAGUGGUUGAGGGCUAUCGAGGAGAGGAAGAGCGUGAAGGAGACGACAAGUGAGCAGGAGUUUUAUUUGCCCAUCUAUCAGAGAUAUGCGGACGACAAGGCACAGUCCGAAUUGGCAAAGGCGACGAGAGCAGGAAGAGGCGUGCCUUGAUAAAAGGUCUCAAAGUGUAUUGAAAACGGUCGAUUGUGCAGCAGAUCUUUCACCACUAUACAACAAUGAAUCCGCAGAGAGAUAUAUGAUAUUCGAAUGCUCCUGGUUGGUUUAACGUCGGGAGAUAUCAAACUUUUUAACACAACCGAC